UAAAUUGGGCGCCUCAAGCUAGCCACUUCUCUCUCUCUCUCUCUCUCUCUCUCUCUCUCUCUCUCUCUCUCCAAGUACGAACCUACUGCCCUUCACACGUAGUGUGUGUGCUAGUCGUGUGUCGCGCACACCCACAUCCUUCCAGACCCAAAAAUUCCAAUCGAUCAACCAACGUUCUCCUCCGCCUAACCAGUUCGAUCGAUCGAUGGAGGGGAGCAGCAAUAGCCCCGACAGGCAGUCGUCGGGCGGCAGCCCGGAGGAGCGCGGCAGCGGGGGGCGGGGCACCGGGGAGCCGGUGCGGUCGCGGUGGACGCCGAAGCCGGAGCAGAUACUGAUCCUCGAGUCCAUCUUCAACAGCGGCAUGGUCAACCCGCCCAAGGACGAGACCGUCCGCAUCCGCAAGCUGCUCGAGCGCUUCGGCGCCGUCGGCGACGCCAACGUCUUCUACUGGUUCCAGAACCGCCGCUCCCGCUCGCGGCGUCGCCAGCGCCAGAUGCAGGCCGCGGCCACGGCCGCGGCGGCAGCCGCCUCCUCCGCGGCCCAGAGCUCUCCGGUGGCUAGCCCCAUCGUCGGCCUUCCCUCCGGCGCCGUACAAUACCCCUUGGCCAUGGGUGGGAGCGCCAGCAUCUGCCAGUACGAGCAGCAGGCGAGCUCCUCCUCGUCGUCGGGAAGCACGGGUGGCGGCUCGUCGCUGGGGCUGUUCGCGCUCGGCCCGGGGGUGCCCGGCACCGGAGCUGGGUACUUGCAGGCGUCGUGCGGCGCUUCGUCGCCGCUGGCGUCCGGGCUGAUGGGCGACGUGGACAGCGGCGGCGGUGGCAACGACGAUCUCUUCGCCAUCUCGCGGCAGAUGGGGUUCGCGGAGAGCCCGGUCGCCUCGUCCUCCGUGGCGCCGAGCCCCGCCGGGCACCAGCAUCAACAGUAUUACUCAUGCCAAUCACCUGCAGCGACGAUCACGGUGUUCAUCAACGGAGUGCCAAAGGAGGUUCCCCGGGGUCCAAUAGACUUGCGAGCCAUGUUCGGCCAGGACGUGAUGCUCGUCCACUCCACGGGGGCCCUCCUCCCCGUCAACGACUAUGGAAUUCUAACGCAGAGCUUGCAGAUGGGCGAAAGCUAUUUCUUGGUGGCAAGGCCGACUUAAAACUGCCCCCAUGUCGUAGCUGAUAGGUUUGUGGAACAGUCUCUCUACUCAAUAUUCAUGGGAUCGGAUGGGAUGCAGUUCUUAAUCAGUCAGGACGGGACUUUUGCAAUCCAUAUCGUCCAUCGAGAAGAGAAGCUGCUAGCUAGUACCAAGAAACACAUAUAUAUGUAUAUUGCACCUCAAGAAAUCCUUAGAACGAACAUAUGAAGAAUUAAAAGCGUGGGCGGUACAUUGAUUUUCUCAAUUGGAUUAUGAAUUACAAAAUGAAUGUGCAUGAUGCAUGCAUGAAUCUCCUAGGCAGAAGAGCUAUAUCUAUGUAUUCUUUUUAGCCGGACUUUGUACUGGUUUACAAUUUAUAAUUGCGAUGUAAUGCUACUACAUAUGUCGGCUGGACGCGCUUGGAAUGUCUGUCCUUAAUGUAAGGCUAAAUGGAGGUCUAAAAUAUGGUCUUAUUUGUACUA